GUAGAUGAAGAGCCCUGGCGUCCUUUCUGUUCCCGUGGUGACUUCGAGUUUGCGGAGAUCGCACUCAAUGCCGCCCUCAACAAGUCACACAUUGACGGGCUCCUUGCGCUUAUUGGCCGCAUAUCGAGAGGGGAGAGCCGAGUCACUUUUAAAAAUGACAUUGAGCUGCGCAAAGCUUGGGAACACGCAACGGCUCAGGUGACGCCGGUAUGUCAUUAA